AUGACUGCAUUUGCGCUCCCUCUUGAUCCGGAGAAUGAGUCGGCGAAAGCUCACUACGCCGUCCGAUGGUUCAAUCCCGUCAACGAAGCCCCGCUGUGCGGUCAUGCCACUCUCGCCUUGUCGCAGCAUCUGUUCAGUACACUUCCCAAUGCACCGCAAACGCUGAGGUAUCUCACCAGGCUUCAUGGUAUUGCCUCUGCAUCUCUCAACCAGAGUCCAUUUGAGGAUGCGAAGCUGGUUGGUAUAGAGUUUCCAGAACUGCUUGACCUUCCUUCCGUGUCGAAGGAUGGCAAGCGGUGGGGAGAACUGAAGGGUAUUUUUGAAGUUGCAUCUGGCUCGAAGUGGGAAGGUCAAGGAGAGCCGGUUGGUGUAUUUGAGCAAGAUCAGUAUUUCUUGCUUGAGUUCAGUCCUGAGCUUGACUUGAAGGCUCUGAAGUUUGAUGCCUCUAAGUUGGCUUCACUGAAUGGUUUCAUCUACAUGUUUCAAGUUUCGACAGGCUCUUCAGAGCACAUCCAUACUCGAGUCAUCAACUGCAUCGCAGGCAACAAUCAUGAGGACGCCGCGACUGGCUCCGCGCAUCGUGCCAUCAUCCCUCACGUCUUGUCAAACGACGAGACCACUGCCCGACUCAAGCAGUACCAUCCAGACUUCACUGGAAACACGUUACGAUCUUUGCAGCAGUCGAAGGAAGGUGGUGAAUUGACUGUUGAGUGGCUUCGGGACACAAAGACCGUGAGGAUCAUGGGUAAUGCUUCACGUACCGGAGAGACUAGCAUCGAGAUCUGA